UUUAACAUCUACUGAAUGAAAAUGGAGGUACCUUUAUUGAUGUUACUGGUUUUAUUUUUAGUCACAUAUAUUCAAAGAUCAGUAGUAGCUACACUGUUACAUGAUGAAGAACUCAAGGUUACAAGAAAACUUGAUCUCAUCAACAAACCCGCAACUAAGACUUUUGUGACUAAAUACGGUGACAUUUUGGAUUGUGUGGAGAUUGAUAAGCAACUUGCAUUUGAUCAUCCUUUGCUAAAGAACCAUUCUAUACAGAUGAAACCUAAUUUCAAGAUUCCAAAAAGAAGAAGAUUGAAUACAUUUUCUUCUUCAACAUUGAUCCCUUCGCAACGUCGUUUAUUACCUAAGAAAGUGAGAUGUCAAGAAGGAACUGUCCUCAUAAAAAGAAUCCAAGAGGAAGAUCUUGCUAUGGAGAAAUUCUCACCUUCGUUAGGGAUGAAAUUUCCUACUUCCAACUCUUACAAUUUUGCUUACCCCAAUGAUGAUCAACCUCCACAAGUGCACAAUCAAGUUGCAGCUCUUGUAACAUUUACCCAAAACACAGGAGCAGCUGGCAUAAUUAACCUGUGGAGCCCAGAGGUGAAACCAGACCAAUAUAGUGAUGCUGUGAUUUUUGUUGCAAAUGACGACGGUGUAGUUGCUAACGCUAUUGUAAUAGGUUGGGCGGUAAACCCUCUUAUAAACCAAACUUUCUUCACUCGGCUAUACACAUAUUGGACAAAAGAUAGCGGGCAGAGCACAGGUUGUUACAAUGCAAUGUGUGCAGGUUUCGUGCAAACUAGUCAGGAAAUCACCCUUGGCCAAUUAUUAAGUCCGAUAUCAGUAUAUUGGGGUCGUCAAUAUUAUGUAGACCUUACCGUACGACAGGAUCUAAAGACAAAGAAUUGGUGGCUUCUAAAUGGUGAAGAUAGCGUGGGAUAUUGGCCUAAGGAGUUGUUUACAACGUUAACAAACGGAGCAAUAAGAGCUGGUUGGGGAGGAGAAAUUCAAAGCCCAGUAACUGAGACAGCUCCUGGAAUGGGAAGUGGUCAUUUUGCAAAGGAAGGCUACGCAAGAGCUUGCCUUAUGAAAGACCUCAAAUUGUAUGCUCCAAUGAGUUUUCCUGCUGAAAAAGAUUUAAAACUCUACUUAAGUAAGCCUGAAUGUUAUGGAGUUUUGUAUGAAGAUUCUCCUGGACCUGGUGAAGGAGGAGAAUGGGGUCAUAGUAUAUUUUUUGGUGGACCUCCAGGCUGUUCUAUGUCUUGAGUUUGAUUUUAAUUAUAAAUAAAUAAAACUAUAAUUUUGU